CUGCUGUCUUGAGGAGUGGCGAAGGCUCGAGGACUGCCAUGCGGUCACUCUCUCGUGCGCCACUCAGCCGGUGAGAGUCGAAGAGGAUGGAAGUCCGUUCACUGUACUGAAACAGAGACAGAAACACUACAGAGAGAGAGAGAGAUUUUGGCUAGUCUGAACGCUUGGUCCAGCAACAGUAUAUUUAAUCUCGGACUAGACCUCUGCUUGUGUCGGUGAUUUUUGUUCAACUUUUUGAUGAAAAGUUGUUUCCUAAGCCUAGGAGUACUGUGCUCUUUUCCAGAAAGAAAGACUUCCAGGAAUGGAGUCGAUACCCAAUCAACAACCAGCGGGACGAGACUCCAGCUCUUCCCCCAGCUCCAAGCAGGACGUUCAGCCCUUCUCCAGCCCCAUCUCCCUGAAGCCUAACCAAGUCAGCGAGACAGCGUUGUAUGGAGUGCACAUCGUGUCUUUGGUCAUAGAUGGCCAGGAAAGACUUUGCUUGGCGCAGAUAUCCAACACAUUGCUAAAGAACUACAGUUACAACGAAAUCCAUAACCGACGCGUUGCUCUUGGAAUCACCUGCGUCCAGUGCACGCCCGUCCAGCUCGAGAUACUGAGGCGCGCUGGCGCCAUGCCAAUCUCCUCGCGGCGCUGCGGUAUGAUCACUAAGCGGGAGGCGGAGAGGCUAUGUAAAUCAUUCCUCGGUGCUCACAACCCACCAAAGCUACCGGAAAAUUUCGCUUUUGAUGUCUCUCAUGAAUGCGCGUGGGGAAGCAGAGGUAGCUUCAUACCUGCCAGGUAUAACAGCUCGAGGGCCAAGUGCAUUAAAUGCACAUAUUGUAACAUGUAUUUUUCCCCGAAUAAAUUCAUAUUCCACUCUCAUCGCACACCCGAGUCCAAGUAUACACAGCCAGACGCAGCAAACUUCAAUUCGUGGAGGCGCCAUCUCAAACUAACAGACAAAAGCUCGUCGGAUGAUGUUGCCCACGCGUGGGAGGAUGUUAAAGCGAUGUUCAACGGGGGAAGUCGUAAGAGGACGCUACCUAUGAGUGGGUCAUCCAUGUCCUCUCCUUUGAAGUCACACUCCACCAGUAACCCAACCCAAAGAAGUUCCCCCGAGGUACCCCAUAAAACGUUGCGCUGUGACGAAGACCGAGGUAGGCCUAACAUCAGUCUGUCAAAUGGCGUCCGGAACUACCCGGUUAUCCCUGUGCCCAGUAAGAGCUUUGGGAUGCUUCAAAAGAUCCAGCCACCGCUUCCCCACCCGUAUGGAUUCCCUGCGUUUGGACUGUGUCAAAAGAAGGACGACGGAGUGGGAGAGACAAAUAAAACCAACGUUUCGGGUGUCUUUUGGCCAGGAGCAAAGGACAGUAUCUAUCCCUCUUUCCCGAUGUUUUGGCCAACAGCAGGUGGCCUGUCGAUGCCACCGUAUCAACCGGCACCACCCAAACCACCCACAGAGCUCUUAAGUGUCAGACAGAGUGACCUCGAGUUAUCGGAUCAAAGUGACCGGUGCGCAAACACACCUAAGGAUAGCUUUCAAGACAGCGAACGGUGCUCCAGCUCACAAUCCACCCGGAACGACGAGGAUAAAUCCGGGGAUGAGGCCCGGUCGACGGAAGGACUCCCCACAACUCCACGGAAGAUAAAUUACAUCUCUGCGUUCAGACCUGUGGUGAAAGACGCCGAAAGCAUUGCAAAGCUAUACGGCAACAGGGACACGUACAGCGGUGUGCGCUCUGGUUACCUAUCGCCAGAUUUCGUGAGUGAAAGUUCUAGCUAUAGAUCUAUGUCCCCGGAUGUGGAUAGCGUGGACGACCCAGACGUUGACGUGGAGUCAAACAGGGCACACGAGGAUGAAGAGUCAGUCCAACUGUCAGUGGAGGACCGUCAGAGUCCCCCGCCCCUCAACUCAGCCCAUUCCGGGCCUGAAGAUAGUGGAGAGUUAGGGACAAGUCCAGGACCACAACCGGAAGAUCCCCACUCCGGGUCCUCUGAUGACGAGAGGCAGGGUGGAAAGGUGUCAGAGCGCCAUGAUACACCGGUGUACGAAGUGUACACACAUGAAAAGGAUGGACACAUGCCUUUGAACGGUCCAUCUACGUUUGGAUCAAAACAUAGCAGCCCAUUGCAAUCGAACGGUGUACUCCAUGUUUCCGACCCACACAAACAACGUUCUCCUACAAGAGAGGACGUUCCACAGAGAGCCUAUCAGGACCAAGCAAAGGAAAGCCCACCAUGCGAUGUGGCAUUACGUCAGCAUGACGUCAGUAGGAUCCACGAAAAAGAUAUCGAAAACAUGGCUAAAGAGGAACUUCAGAAACAGCUGGUCGAACAAGUGGAGCUCAGAAAAAAGUUGGAACGCGAAUUUCAAAGUUUAAAAGAUAAUUUUCAGGACCAAAUGAAGAGGGAACUGUCCUACAGAGAAGAGAUGGUCCAACAACUUCAUAUUGUCCGAGACACUUUGUGCAGCGAGUUGGAUCAAGAAAGAAAGGCGCGUUAUGCAAUACAACAGAAGCUAAAAGAAGCUCAUGACGCCCUGCACCAUUUCUCCUGCAAGAUGCUGACCCCUCGCCACUGUACUGGAGCCUGUACUUUCAAACCCCCUCUGCUGCCUCCAUAAUAGACCACAAGACCCCCCCCCUCCCCUGACUCCAGUACAGCUCACUGCAGCCAAAAAGAGAGACACCCACCUCAAGUAGUCACAGUCUCUCCGUAACUUCUUUACCUUUGCCCUCCCUCACCAGUCAUCCAAGGAUUCACAACUUGUGUACACACUCCAGCGCUAUUUAUUUAACGCAGAAGAAGUGGCUAUGGAGGUCAGGAGAACAAGACCUUCCAUUGAAAAGAACUCUUGAAGAUACACCAACACCAAACGACUGGUCCAUUGUAUGUGUUGUAUUUAUAGACAGUUAUCAAGUUGUAAAGAGCUCUUGAUAUGGACUCACCAAGUCCCUUUGAAUCAUAAUCCAUUGCUCUUCAUAUAUCCCGUGUAUAUAUAUAAAUAUAUAUAUAUAUA